CGGGAAACGGAUGUUCGUCUGGGGCUCUUUGGGGUCGUCCGGGACGCCGAGAGUGGCCCACAAGUGCUCGAAUACGGUCCGUAGUUCUUCGGCCCAAGCUGUGGUCAUCGUAGUACACUCAAUAUCCUUAAAUUCUCACGAGUUUGAUUCUUUACGCUCGCGCCAAGCACCUCAGCCGAAGCAAGCAUUCCGGCACUCACAAUGGUGCUCGCGAGGGCGAUCGCAUGUUUGAUAUUUGCAUUGAGCGGCAGUAACUUGGCCUCCGCCGUAUCCUUGAUUUCGAAAGCAGAGCCCCGCACGGGUCUCGAUGUGGCUCCUGAUCCCGAAGGUAAGAUGGAUACCGAUCCUGAGUGCAAUGACAUCGAAAGUGGGGGGCCCGACUGGGGCGAUGAGAGCUUGCAUGUCGAAGAUUUGGCACGUAUUGUUUCUGAGUGCCGUCAAAUGCAAGAUAAUAUGUCAUGGCGGUCAGUCAGUUCUUCUGUGCAGUUUGUGCAUGUUGGUAAGUGUGCAGGCAGUUCAAUCAGUAUGGCCCUCCAUAAGCAAACCCCUUUCCACGAGAUCCACAUUCGGCAGGUCGACAAUUGCCGCCCAGACGAGCAACGCACGUGGAUUGUUUCUGUCCGGGACCCGCUUUCCCGUGUUGUAUCGGCCUUCAAUUGGAGAAGCCCCCUAAACGGAGAUGCGCCACACGGGCAGUCGGGAUUCGCCCAAGAUAAGCAAGAGCAGCAGUUCUAUCGUUGCUUCCGAGAAGUCAACGAGUUUGCCGAAUCGUUGCAGGAUCAGAGCGAAUGCGGUAGCAUUGCCCGCCGAGCGCUUGAGAAGCCCAUCUAUUCUGAGCACGUCGGUAAAGGCUUCUACUAUUAUUUCGAACACGAUCUCGAGUGCGUACUCGCACAAGAGGUGUAUUUGAUUCGCUCGGAGACGAUCGCUCACGAUCUCAAUGAGGUGUUUGGGCGUCUGGGGUUGGAGGCGCCUGCCGAAAUUCCGCAUGACAAGGGUGAAUACCCCCUCCAGCACAAGACGUACCUCAGUGCCAAGGGGAAGCAGCUCCUGCAGAACGCGUUGAAGAACGACUAUGAGGUCGUGCGUGCUUUAGAACACGCUGCCAAGAAUGGCAGGCGUUAGGCGUUAGGGUCUGCGGCGGACUAGACAGAAAUCGCACCUUUUGUUUCGUGCGCUAGAAUGCGUUUCUGUCUCUCCCAUCCCUCGCUUUCUGUUAAUCCUCUCUCUCUUCUGUUCUUGGUCCUCCUCUUUUUUUGAUUC